AUGGCUUGUUGCUGUUGCGGGAACCGAAAGAAGCAGACUCGCGAGUUUGCCGAGCAGAAAUGGGACUACAUUAAUCUUCAAGAUUUCAAGGCCUCUGGCUGCGGUACCCCUUUUGCCUAUGGCUAUCUCUGGUUCUCUCUCAUCAUCUCUAUUGCCGUCUACUCCAUUGACAGCUUCACCGCGGUCCAGCUGAUUGCCUUCAACAGGUGGUCUUCCGCCAUCCGACCUGCCAUUUCCUUUGAUGUCUCCAAAUGGAUUUUUACCGUUUGCAUCAUACUCUCCUUUAUCAACCUUGGCUACGAGGCCAUCCGCGCUACCCGUGUCAUCAGGCGAAACAACAUUGCCGAGUCUUAUAUGGAUCCUCUUGCUGUCCGUUGGGAGUCGAUCCGCGUCGGCAAAGCCCAAGGAUGGCGCCGAUUCCUCGUAUUUGCUGCAUUGACCCAGAGUAAAAAAGGAGCUCAUUACAUUGCACUCUUUACUUACUUCAGCUUCAAGUCUUGGAUCCGCGUCUUGGUCUGCUCUGGGCCUCGCCAGGUCAUCAAUGCCUUCACUCUCAAGUCUGUCUACGAAGCCAAGCUCGCCACCCAGGCCACUUCUGUCGAUGGCGCAUUUCUUGGCUUCUUUGACAAGGUCAAGGUUCUUGCUCAGGAAGACUCUCGCCAAGUCGUCAUCUUGUCGGGCAUGGCCUUUACGUUUGUCGUCUGGGCAUUUUCUCUCAUCUUUCUCCUUCUCUCUGUCCUCUUUUACGUCUUCUUCUUGUUUCACUGGAUCCCUCGAGCCGACGGAGGCCUGACUGGCUACUGUGAACGCAAGGUCAAUGCAGCGCUGUUGACCAUCGUCACAAAGAGGGUCAACAAAGCACUUGCUAAAAAUGAAGCCAAAAAGAUGAAGGCAGAGGCGAAGGCUGCCAAGAUGACUGGCGAAACCUUGCAGCCAGAACGCGCUGCGACUUUGCCCGACAUUGAAGCCCUCGCCGACGACAAACUACAGGGCAUGCCAAUGCUAAACCGCUCCGACACUGGGACAACACUCCCAGCCUACCAAACCCGUCCAAAUACCCCAGGCGGUAUCGAACUGAGCAGCAUAAACAGGUCUGCUCUCGGUCGCAGUGGAACCAACGGCUCUGAUUCUAGCUACUCUCCCACAGUGCCUCUAAUGAGUGCUGCGGCGGACAUGGGAGACCUUUCACACGGGCGAGGCCGCGGUGCGGUCCAUGCUCAAGGUGCCGGCCGGCCGGAACCCGACCGCGGCGGGCCUACCGCCGUCGUACGGUACGGCGCGCUCUGGGGCGGCGACGAGGCGGCGGCGCGCGGCGGCACCGUGCGGCCGGGCGACGGCGGUGGCAGGAUGAUGGCGACGCUGGCGGUGGACCUGGAGACGAGGGACCGGGUCAAGAUCAUGGGGCACAUGGUGGCCGGGUCGGCGGACGCGUCGGCAGGCACGGUCCAGGUGGCGAUGCUGGUGGCGGAGAGCCUGGGCAACUGCCCAAAGUACCUGAACAAGAAGCGCGUGACGCCGCGUGCGUACGGCGCGGACACGGAGGUGGUGGAAGGGGCGCGAAUGAUGCUACCGGAGGAGGCGACGCGGCUGCUAGACAAGGCGGACAUGUUCUUCCUAUCGAGCACCAACGGCGACAGCAUGGACACGAACCACCGGGGAGGCCCGGCGGGCUUUGUGCGGGUGCUGAAGAACGAAGCCGACGAGGCCGUGCUCGUGUACCCAGAGUACUCCGGAAACCGUCUGUACCAGACCCUGGGCAACCUCAACGUCAAUCCGCUGGUCGGCAUCGUCGUUCCCGACUUUGACACCUCGGACGUGCUGUACCUCACCGGCUCCGCGUCCAUCCUCGUCGGCGACGCCGCCUCGGCCGUCAUGGCGCGCACCGCACUCGCCGUGCAAGUGCGCGUCGCCGCCGCGCGCUUCGUCCGUCGCGGCCUGCCCUUUCGCGGCGCGCCCCUCGAGCGGUCCCCGUACAACCCGCCCGUGCGCCACCUGCUCUCCGAGCGCGACCCCUUAUCUGUGCAACCGCGGCAGCAGCAGUCGGGCGUGACGGCGACGUUGAAGGGCAGGGAGGUGCUGUCGCCGACGGUGAGCCGGUUCACGUUUUCACUGGCCGGUUCCGCCGGCCGCUGGCGGCCGGGCCAGCACGCCACGCUCGACUUUUCGGGGGAGCUGGACCACGGGUACGCGCACAUGCGAGACGACGACCCGCAGAGCCUCAACGACGACUUCAUACGCACCUUUACCGUGUCGAACCAGCCGCCCACAGACAGCAAGGGCGAGGUGGUGGAGAUGCAAAUCACGGCGCGCAGGCGCGGACCGGCGACGAACCUGCUCUGGAGGCAGAACCUGCGCGCCCCUCUCGAGCUGCCCGUGCUCGGUUUCGGUGGAGAGGCCUCCUUCCGCCUACCCACCACCACCGCCGCCGCCGCCGCCGCCGCCGCCGCUGCGAAGCCGGUGUUCGUGGCGGGCGGGGUGGGCAUCACGCCGCUGCUGGCGCAGGCGCGCGACGUGCUGGAGGCGGGCGUGCGGUUACGACUGCUCUGGGGCCUGCGCGCGGAGGACCUGCCGCUGGCGGCGGACACGUUUGCGCGGAUCGCGGGGCUGGCGGAGGUGACGACGCUGUUUGUGUCGGGGGACGGGGCGGACGACCAGAUGAUACGGGAGAUUCGCCGGCAGGGCGUAAAAGAGCUGCGGUACGGGAGGAUCGCGGAGGGGGAUGUCAAGUCGCUGGGCGGACGGGAGACCAAGUUUUACUUGUGCACGGGGCCGGGGCUUCUGCGGUCACUACAGGAUUGGCUUGACCGGGAGAAUGUGGUAUGGGAAGAUUUUGGGUACUGA